UUGGCAGGGAAACCUCUUGGUAGAGCUCAAGGGAGAGAUGUAGCCCCUCCCUCCCUGAAACUUCCGACCAAUCGACAAACGCGGGGCGGGCCUGCGCAUGCGUGAGAUGAACGCGCGGGAGCGCAUGAAAACAACGAUGGAGCUGACAUUUGCUGUUCUUUAUUCUUCACUGCUUUGAUUUAAACAUCAUUUUACACUGCAAACAAUUCUACAGAUGCCGAAGUUGAUGUUUAAUCACUGUUUGGGAGUAUCUUGCUAUUCUGGAGCGAGCUAUUACGUCGUGUUUUCCUUUGUUAUGCUAUGCGACUUGAACAUACUGUGCAUUUAGUAUAAAGCUGCUAGUGGGAAGUUGCUAACACUUAUUAAGUACAUUUAAACUGACAUAAUAUUCUACUCACAAACAUCAAUGCAGUCUGGAGCAGUUGUUUAACCUCUUCUAAUGGCUGUCGAUUCUUCUACACAAGGGUGGAGCAGCAUGGCUGAUGACUUCAGUGAGUCCCUUACUCCACCGGUGUCCCCCUUUGCAGCAGACAGCCAGUGUGCUCUGACACCCACUCGACCGCCAUGCUUCUGCUGCUCUGAAAGAAAAGAUGACUCCACCAGAGCUCUGUCUGCCGAGGGGUACAUUGCCAGACGCUCCCUGAAAAGGCUUCUGCUGCGUCUUGACCCAGCCCCUGCCGAGUAUGAGACUGACACGGUGGACAUCUUUGGCUUCCCUUGGGUGACUGAGACAGCGCUUGUGGAAUCUACAAAGUUACUAUUUGGUCUGUUCAGACAAAAGGUUUUCAAGUUAGAGACUAUGGUACAGUCCAGUUCACGUGACUUUGGACAGGCAGGAAAUCUGCACUAUGAAGCAGAGGAGCUCCGACAACAGUGCGUUUUGUUUCUUCAGUACGUUUCAGUCUUUUUGCACAGAUAUCUGGAGCCUUCUGGGGGCCUGGAUGUGAGUCCUUCACAUCCUUAUGAGGAGCUGGAACAUCAGCUGCCCUCUGCUCUUCUGGAGGAGCUGUUUGGAAUCACUCUCCUCGUUGGGCGACUGAAGGACCUGCCUGCUAAUGUUCAAAGCGCUUUCAGUAUACAGAACCAUGGAAAGAUUUUUCCUCCAUCUUGGCAUUUGUUGCACCUUCAUCUUGACAUACACUGGUCGGUUUUGGAGAUCCUGCACAUCCUUGGCCAAAAGAUGCAAGGCCAGGUGGUGUACGCCCACCAGUUUGCAAAUCUGACCGGGGAAAACCUGACUGAUACCAGUCUGUUCGAGGAGCACCUGUGCAGCCUGCUGUGUGAUCUUACUGGUCUGGCCAUAAGCAAAUACAGCAAGGUGAGACCAACAGAGGCAGCAGGCAGCACUCAUUACCUCUGCUCCUGCACCAAAGAGCUCUGGAUCCUGCUCAUGUACCUCCUGGAACACAGGCACAAAGUGUUGCACACACAGUCGUUCUGGAGCUGCAUGAACUCACUGCUGAGAUCCCUGGUUUCAGGGAAACCAGGGGAAGAGCGCUUCAGUGGCCUCCCAACACACUGUAAAGACCCUCUGGGAUUUACAUGGUGGCUGGUCACUCAUUUGGCGAUGUUAGGCCAGUACAGUCGAAAUGGCACGAUUCAGAAUGAGAAACAGCUUGAAGAUAACUGGAUAUUUGUAGAAGAGCUUCUGAGGCUAACUUGUAACCCCAAGGCUGGUCUACCAGAGGAGCAGGUCAGGAUUCAUGUCCACUGCUGCCUCAGUUUGUGUCUGCUGUGGAAACCAAGCACCACUGCUGUCUCCAUCCUCUGGGACUACUUUAGUAAGAACCUGAAUGGCUCAUUCGCCGUGCCGUGGUUGGGGAUGUCUGGCCUGGGCACGCUGUGCAGGACGCCCCUAGCUCUGUUGGAACAGGCCCGCAGCUGCUGCUCUCCCUCACCCCUCCAUUCUCCGGGUCACGACCAGCUCUACCGCUCUGCCAACUCCUUCCACAUCUUCCUCCGAGUCCUGGCGCUUUGCCUCGCCCAGGACACGGCGGGCGGAGUCCCACAAAGGCAGAUUAAGGGGAGGAUCUUCUCAAAGUUCUCUCUUAAGAAGAUGCAGGAGCUCUCAGAAGCGGGUCUCAUGAACUUUCUGCUGCUGGUUCUGGUGGUGGCCAGGCAGGCAGAGCUGGAAGACGUGGCCAGCAGAGCCUGUGAGCUGCUCGGCUUCCUGCCCGCCAACUGCCCCCCCCAGCAUCGCACACUGGUCUGGAGAGGGCAGUUAUCGUUGCUGCUGCUGUUCCAGGAGAGGGGUCUGGAUGUGGGUGCCCAGGCUAGCUGGUUGGCCUCCUCCUUCAACGAGACAGCCAAGGAGUUCUACAAUAAGACCACAGAGGUGUCUCGCAGGCUUGCCCUGUGGGGGCCGCUCGGCUCUUACCUGGACGGUGUGGCUGAGGUGUUUGAGACGAGCAGCACCCUGAGUCUGUCGGAGGAAAAGCUGCUCAACGAAGGGUUCGAUUGGCUGCUGCCCGCCUGUCGCCAGUCCGAGCUGAAUUCCGCCCUGGCCUUCCUACAGGUCGUCCUCACUCAGCUCAGACGGGUCCAUCAGCGCGGCGUCCAGUCAACGCCCACCCCGGCCUGGGCUCCCACUACCUCCACCAGCACCACCAGCGGCGCGAUUAAAGAGCACCACCUAGCUGUAGCCUCCGCUCUCUGGGCGCACUUCUUCCCCUUCCUGCGCAGUUUGCGGCUCUCUCAGACGCCUCCGGCACAGCUGGCAGAUGCAGCUGCAGGUUUCACCUUACUGGCUUUUGAUCUACCCACUUCUGCACCCCAAGACCUUCAGCCCAAUCCAGUCCAGUCCAUAAUGCAAUGCUUUGGUUGGGAUGACAUGGUUCACCCACUUCUGGUGACUCGCUACCUCCCCCAUCUUCUCCAAAACAGUGAGAUGGUGUCUUUGCUAAGCAGUAACUCCAGCAUUCCUGCAUCCGGCUCCGCUGAAGGCCUGACGGUCAGAGCCUGGUUCAGAUGUGUUCUGCAGCAGCACCUUCACAAGAACUCAGAUGGGACCGACAGCAGGACGGGCAGGACUGCGGGAGAGCAGCUGUGCGAACUGACCCGGCUGGUGCUGAGACUUCCUGAGGUGGACAGCCUCCUGCAAAGAGCUGGGCUUCAGCCCACAGCCACCAGACCAGAGCCCACGUCGUCCUUGGAGGCGUUCGUCAAGGCUGUGGGAAGCGUGUACAGUGGACUGCAGCUCCUGUCCGAGCGGUCGGCCAUGGUCACCAAAGCCCUCGAUUACAUUGGUGACAUCCUGAAACACAUCAAACCCUACGUGGUUAGCAAGAACCAAGAGGGGAUGCAACUGUCGUACUGGGUUGUUGGCUGCAUAGUGAGGCACUGGAGCCCCCUGCUGGCCACUUCCAAAGCUCAGCAGCUGCUGUUCAGGAUUGUGGACGGGUUGCUGCUUCCCCACAACCUCCCCCAGCACGACAAAGCUCUGAGGGACAGCCUGCCUCUGUUUCUACAGGGUCUUUCAGUGGCCUCGAGUGUGUCUCAGUCCCAGGGAGCUCACCUCCGGCAGCAGCUGCGCUCGGUAACCCAUAGAUACGUGGACCAUUUCCUUCCUGCCGCCCCCUCCAUGAGCACCAUCGCCAACCACCCUGUGCUUCUGGCCGCGUGUGAGGCCAGCCCGACGGCGCGGGGGGCCGCUCUGAGAAGGACCAUCCUGGAGGUGCUCUGUGAGAACUUCCUGCAGUUCAGAGGUCACGCCCCCCCUCCCCGCCUCGCAUCAGUCCUGAUGUUCCUGCUGGAGCUUCUGAGGCGCAACGGCGACUCGGACGUUACCCUCCUCACCCUGCCCCUGCCGUCUCUGCUGCGAUGUCUGAUGCUGGUCAACGAGCCACAGGUGAGGAGGACGAGCACAGAUGCGUUACAGCUUGUGGUGGAGCGAUGUGCCGCUGUGUCUGCGGGGGGACCGUGCGAGCAGAUGAUCACCGUCUUACGAGCGUUUGCGGAGGACAACACGGGCGUCUACGACAGGCAGGCCUACGCCGUCCUGGAGACGGUGGCCGUCCUGGAUCCGGCCGCGGUCCUGGCUCUGGUCCCCGACCUGACCGCCGGCCUGAGGAAGGCAGAGCACAAACGAGGCCUGGGCAAGAACACCAGCCUGAGGAGUGCAUACAUGAAGCUGCUGUGUCUCCUCGGAGAAGGUGGGCAGGCUGAAAUCACCAGUCUGGAGAGCGAUUAAGAAGUUUUUCCGGAAGACGGACACCUUGCAGAUGACCUUUGAGAAGAGUUUAUAUCUUCUAUCAUGAUAUUUUUCAAUUGUUAUAAAGAGUUGUACCGCUGCUACUGGUGUGAGGGUAUCUUAGACAUUAUAAGUCUGUUUUAUAUUAAAGACAACAGCAGAACAGGAGAUUUACAAUUACAGGAAUCUUCAGCUUAAUGCAUGAGCCCUUUCAUGAGCUUGUAUAUAAUGUAGAUAUUGUAAAGCGAGCGCAGCAUUAAGUUACAGCAGACGUGUUGGUGAAAUAAAAUGUGACAGUGGAUGCAUAAUCAGUCUCUCAGCCUUUUCAGUCGUUUCCGUGAGCAGUGUGGAAUGUACACAUCAGAGCACUCGUCCAUCUUGGGCCAUCAGGCUCCGUCUCUAGUUCAAGUUGGCACUCUGAAAUAGAGAUUUGAUGACCCCAUCCCCCAAAAAAUGAAAAAGUGAGUAAUGGAGAGAAUCACU